CCGCGAAUCACUUUCUGCGUAUAUCAGGGGGCACGAUAACGACGAUAAUUCAAAGAGGAAGAUGGAGACGGAGACCGCCGACUAUCCCGGUCGCCCAGUGAAAGUGCCUCGAACUCGGUUCACGUGCUUCAACCUCCCCGAGUAUAUCACGAGACGAACUCUUACUAGCGGACUCAGUAUCAUCUUCACCAUCCUUCAACUUCCUGAAUCGGCCUCUGCCCGGUCUAGUACAUUCGAUCGUUGCGCGGUGUGUUUUUUGGAGAUACUUGUCGCUCGAGGAGAUACUUGUUGCAUUUUGGCGAUCUUUAAGUAACUGGAGUAAUUUUGUUUGCGGGUGUGAUGAACAGCGUCUCCAAAGAGAGUGUAUACUACUUCAGCUAAAACUGCAUUUGACUGGUUGACGGGAAUUUAUCGCAAACUUUCAAGAUCACAGCGGCUGCUGUUAGAAAGAUGAUUCUGACUAUAUAGCUGGAGGCGGUAAACGAGUUGAUCAUCGCCAUGAAAACAAUUAGACGAGGAGAUUGGUGCCGACUGCUGCUGGUAGCCGCGAUCUUGUCGGGACGUACCAAUGCAGAAAAGCACAAGCGGCAGAUCUUUCGAGAACAGGUAUUGCCGGCGUUAGGUGGCAAGAUUCCAGAGGAAGCUUUUCGAACGGAUCGUCUGGCAUUGAAUCGAUUGAACAAAGAAGGCAUCACUGUGCCCGACGGUGUGGUGUUGGACGCUCGGCAUGUGCAGAAGCAUCCUCAUUCCGAUCAAAGGAUGCCGGAGAUCAUAAAGGUUUAUCUGACAUCGGAUGGUCGAUACGUGCCGCCGGAAGGCCGAGUCCAUUACAACCACCCGAAAACAGUAGACACGACUUACAUUAUACGAAGGCCAUUCAUGCGCACGAACCAUAAGUUGUCCACCAAUUUCGAAAGCAUGAAACUUCGAAGUUAUCCUAAAAUUACUUAUCCCAAUUAUGGACAACUCGUACCGAUCUUACCGCCCUCCAAGCCAGGUGUUUACAAAUCCGUUAUAACGCCGUUGAUACUUCCGGCAGAUAAGGAUCUACUUGAUCUGUCAAGUUGGCGGGCAGGAUACGACUGGGAUAUCGCAUACGAACCGUUCGAUGAUUACUUCAUCGACGAUAUUGCACUCUUCGAUUCUCACCAGAUUAUCACGGAUUAUCAAGGAUUUCUCAAUGAGUUCCACGGACGAUCUUCAAGGCAUGUAAACUCAAAAAGCAACAACAGGAACCAACGGCAGAACCGAAAAUAUCCAGAUUCGAAAUUAACACCUCAGCAGAAUGUUAGGUCAUACAACUCUCACAAUUCUGCCUACACGAGUUUGACUAAUAUACCGGAAACUAAUUUUUCCUGCAGAGGAAGGAAGGGAAUGUUCGCCGACGUCGAAACCAAAUGCCAAGUGUUUCAUAAUUGCUCAGAAUGGUCGAAGGCAUCCUCUCUGUGUCCACCAGGGACAGCGUUUUGCGAAACUAGCAAACGCUGCGAGUGGUUCGACCAUGUGCGCCUCUUGGGCGGAGACCACAGUCUCGCAGCGGAAACUGGUCCAGUUUCGUUCAUAUUCAAACUCGGUGCGGUCAUGCCAAGAAGUUGCUGUGUCUGUACUGCACUCCUGCUCGCCGUAUUGGCAGUGCCCGCUUCGUUCAUUCAGAUCCGGGUCCAGGAUCCACUGCCAGGAGAUGAUUAUUACGACGAAUAUCAACAUUUCCAACCGGUAGUAGGAUUUCGUCAACCUAUCGUGGUGAAAGAAGAGCCCAAAAGCGAUCAGGAUUUUAGUAAGAUUCCUGGAAUACCCGGGAUAGAUUUUCCUAUUUAUCACAGAGUGCCACCAACGAGUUUUUCCUGCGCACACGUACCGGUAAUACCAGGAAUGUACGCAAACGUAGAAACUGGUUGUCAGGCAUAUCAUAUUUGUCACGACGGACGUGAAGGCGAUCAGGGUGCCUCUUUCUUAUGUACCAAUGGAACACUUUUUAAUCAGCACGAGUUUGCAUGCGACUGGUGGUACAACGUUAAUUGCGCUAAUGCACCGUCUCUUUACAAGUUAAACGCAGAUCCAUUAAAAAAUCCAUAUGUACCAAAGGAAACAAAGGACGCGAUCCGAGAAAGAAUGAAGAUCAUUGUUUUAUAAGUGUAAUUAGCUAUUUAAACAAAAGAACAAGACAAGUUAAUAUACCCGUGCGUACGUGUGUGUGUAUUUACAUACACACAAAUACACACACACACACUCUAUAUAUAUAUAUAUAUAUAUAUAUAUAUAUAUAUAUAUAAAUUUAUUAUUUUUUGUACAAACAUGCAUUAAUUAGUGCGUUUUAUACAAAAUGUGUGCUACAGUUCAAGUACAAUUACAAUGGUUACACCACUGUAAUCGUCUAAAAUCAUAUUGAUUAAUUAAUAUUUCUUUUAUUGAUUAUUUCGGUUCAGAACCUUACAGACACAGUAGAAGAAUUGUAAAACAUCUCUAGCGCCUAAAACUAAAAUCUUUGAUUCUAAUAAUAAAUAAAGUAAAUGGAACGUUGCAUACUCUUAUAUAUUGAAAUAAUAAAGGCAAAAGAUACUAGUAAUAAAGGUUCGCAAAUAAACAGUACAAAUUGUUUUAUGCGAUAACACGAAAUACUUUUCGACACACGGAAAAAAAGGUUUGGUUGAAUUAACCAAAUCUGGUCGAAUAUGAACAAUCCAGAAAUUCCGA